CGACGUAUCAAACAUGGCAAAGCGAGGACGCUCCUUUGUGAUCACAUUAAUAGUUAUAUUUUCUAUUAUUUACUCAGGGAACGCGUUAAGAUGUUACCAAUGCAACUCGCUAGAAAACAAGGCCUGUGCAGAGGGACCAUUGCCAAGUUCAAUGAUUAUAGAAUGUAAAUUACCGCCAUCGCCUACGACAACCACCACGAAGUUGCCUACAACGACCACAACGGAUUUGCCUACUACGUCCACCAGUACAUCGACGACUACUCCGAAAACUACUCCGACCACAUCAAUUACGUCAACGACCUCCCUGUCGUCCACCAGUGCGUCAACGACCAUUCCAACGUUACGCGCUAAAAUCGCCUGUGAAAGUGUUAACUAA